AUAUUACUGAUAACCGGCUUAAAAAAAAGGAGGUCAUUAAGUUGGAAAGUCAAUUCAUUUUCCUCCCAAACAUUUAAUUCCCUCAACUACCCCCUCCUCGCUUUGUCACCCGCCAUUACUCCAUAGUUGAGCUUAAUCCAUAAUUUUAUGAAGUUGCUUGUAGAAAGGAGGAAAAGAAGGUCCUUUUCAAAAGAAGAAGGAGACGCGUUUUCAUAAACAGGAAGUACAGAAUUUAAUAUCCCGAUUGCUCAAUUUCAGGUUUGAUUCUGAACCCUAGUCUGUACUUUGGGUAAAUAUUGUUGACAAUGGUGAUGAACUGGGAAAGAUUAAAAAAUUUGUUAAAACUAGGGGUUUUUUGAAUAUUUCACGUUAAAUGUUGUAGUUAAUUUAGCACAUAAGUAGUUUUGAUUUUCAUUAAAUUUCUGCAAUUUGGCUAGUUUGCGACCUUGUUUUAAGCAAUUGAUUGAUUGUGUCUUAUUUAAGAUGACAUAGUUUGAUAAAUGUAAUGUAAUUUGGCUUAAUUGUAUGUGUUUUCUGUCAAUUAUAGGUGAGGUAAAUAGGUGCAUUUGACAGUGUCUAUUCUAUUUUGGCAUGGUGGGGGGUUUUAAACAUGCUACAAAUUAUGGGGAAUUAGUUUAUAUGGGAGGCAAAGGGAAGACUCGUGAGCUUGAUCCUGAUGAGCUUUGUUAUUUUGAUUUAAUUGAUUUAGCAAAGAACUGUGGGCAAUAUGGCAUAAAUAGUGGGAUUUUUUACUUGGUGCCUGGGUUGAGUUUAGCAAAUGGGUUAAGGAAAGCUGCUGGUGAUACAGAGGUUCUUGAAAUGGCAGAGUUAGCUAAAAAAUGUAGGUCUGAUCUAUAGAUGUGUAUGUGUUUGCACAAUGAAGUAGAACUAGAGCUUGAGCCUUUAGGAAGGAAGAUGAACCUAAAAUAUGACACAUGUUAUCACCCUCCCAGUCUUUACCACCCAUUAAAAAACUAACACCCAAGAGGGGACCACAUGUAUUAUUACUCCCAACUAGAUCUAGUCCAAGAAAAAAAACCCCUUGUUGAUUCCAACUCAGUCAAAACUAUGAGGAUGAUGCUGAGCAAGAUCUUGAUGAGCUGUGUAGUGAUGAUGAUGUCAUAGUUGAUGAUGAGGGUGUAGGUAGUGAGUCAGACCCAAGUGAUGAAGAAUAUAAGACAGCAAAGGCAAAAGUAAGAUCUUGUAAUGAUAGGUUAAAGGAGAUAGCUCAACAGGUUGUUUAGAGAGGCAUCUAAGAUUAAGAGUACUAAUGAUGAACACAAUUUAGAAGAGGUGUCUACUGUGAAUGAAGCUAGUGCAUCUGGUUAUGUCAGUGAGUAUCCAAGUAGUGAGGAGCAUUGACACACCUGAAAGUGGUGAAGAAGAUGCAAAUGUUGGUAGGAGAAGGAAGGGUGUUCUGGUGAAUCCUGUUGCAAAUUUCACAAAUUUUAUGUGGAAAGUAGGGCAAUGAUUUGCUACCAGUGGAGACUUUAAAGAUGUUGUUGCAAAAUAUGCUAUUGUACAAGGGAGAGAUGUGAGCUUUGUGGUCAGUAACAAAAAUAGAAGAUAGCAACUAGGAGUAAGGUGUGUUGAGGGGUGCUCAUUUUAUUUGUACUGCUUAGCAUUCAAGAUUGGGUACAUUUAUAGUGAAAAGGUUGAUGAGAAACACACAUGCCAUAGAAACAUGAAGAAAAACAGGCAACUUAAGUCAUCUUACGUAGCAAAGAAACUGUCAGAAGUGUUCAAAUCAAGGCCUCAUUGGCCAGCCAAGGAAAUACAAGAGAUAAUAAGAAGAUCUUUUAAAGUUAUUGUAGGGAAAGCAUUUGCAUACAAAGUCAAAUAUUAUGCCCAUAGAAUGCUCCAUGGAUUAAUGAAGGAUCAUUAUAAGAAGUUAGGAAGUUAUUUGGAGGCUUUAAAGAUAGCAAGUCCGGGUACAAAGCUUGAAUUGGUGACUGUUGUCAGUAAGCCAGACCGAGCUCCUAUUUCCAGAGGCUCUUCACUUGCUAUGAAGACUUGGUUCUAGGAUGGAAGGAGGCAUGUAGAAGGGUGUUGUCUGUGGAUGCUUGUUUCAUCAAAACUUUCCUUGGUUGAGAGCUUCUGUCUGCAGUGAGCACAGAUCCCAAUGAGCAAAUGUACCAAGUAGCUUGGUCUGCUGUAGAAGCUGAGAACAACCUAUCUUGGGAAUGAUUAUUCACCAACUUGCAACAAUGUUUAGAAAUUGGAGAUGGGAUAGGCUGGCCAUGAUUACUGAUGAGCAUCAGGCUAUUUUGAAUGCAGUUGCUAAAGUCCUACCAAAAGCUAAACAUCGACAUUGUGUAAGGAACAUUUUCAUGCUAUGGCAUAAGAACUUCCGAGGAGAUGAGAUGAACUACUUUUUUGGGAAGAUAGCCAAAGCUUAUAACCUUGCUGAAUACAAUCAAAGAAUAGAGGAGCUUGCUGAAAUUAAUGCAGAUGCAGCUACUGCAUUCAAAGGGUACAAUCCUAAACUCUUUUGCAGGGAAUUCCUAGAGAACUCAAUUAGAACUGAUGCCAUUACCAACAACAUGGCAGAAACAUUUAACGGUUACAUUGUCAAUGCUAGGACUAAGCAUCUUAUUCAUAUGCUUGAGGAUAUUAGAGUAGCCUUGAUGCAAAGACUAGUGCUAAAAAGGAAAGAAAUGCAAAACUCAUAUUCUGUCCUAUGUCCUAGAAUACAGUCUAGGUUAGAAUUAAAAAGAGAAGUUGAAGGCAACAUAUUGUGAUAUUAUGCCAUCUAGUGAUACCCUUUUCAAUGUUAAGUAAUUCUUAGAUCAGUUGGUAGUUAAUCUAGCGGCAAAGAGUUAUACAUGUAGAAGGUUAGACAUGAUGGGAAUCCCUUGUUGUCAUGCUAUUACUUGCAUCUUUUUCCAAAAAACAGAGAUGCUGAGUCUUUUGUGAGUGAUUUCUACAAAAUGAGGUUUACUUAAAGGCUUAUGCAAGCUCUAUUCCACCUUGUGAGGGAGAGAGGCACUGGCCUAGGGUUGUGUGCAAUGUAGACACCCCUCCAAUUUAAAUUGGCCUCGGUCGGCCAAGGAAGAAUAAAAUUAAAGACCCAUAUGAACUUCCUAAAAAUCCAAGGACACUAAGUAGAGUGUGUAUGGAAAUGACCUGUUCUAUCUGUUUAGUUAAGGGCCAUAAUAAGAGAAGAUUCCCAAAUAAACAUACACCUGAUGUGAGGGAACAACAACCUAAGAAGCCUAAGGGUAGACCUAGAAUAACACCAAGGUCUGAACCUGCAACAACUUCUGAUGCUACUCCCAUUGUCAAUGUCACAACCACUACAUCAUUAGCUGCUAAACCAGCACCACAUUUCUGUUGCAACUCCUAGUCAUCUAGGUAGAGAAGGAAGAAUGAUCAUAAGUAGGGCAGGUGAAACUGGUGGUAGAGGUGGUGCAGCUAGUAGAGGUGGUGCAGGUGGUAGAGGUGGUACUGGUGGUAGAGGUAUUACUGGUGGUAGAGGUGGUACUGGUGGUAGAGGUAUUACUGGUGGUAGAGGUGGUACUGGUGGUAGAGGUAUUACUGGUGGUAGAGGUGGUGCAGGUGGUAGAGGUGUUACUGGUGGUAAGGGUGGUGCUGGUGGUAGGGGUGGUGCAGGUGGUAGAGUGUUGUUAGAAGGGGAAUAGGGAAAGAAAAGGUGCUUACUAGUGUUAGAGUUUACUUUGCAUCAAAUGGCAAUAUUUUGACAAAUGUAAGUGUCCAAUUCAAAGAAUAUUCUAUUAUUCAGUUUAGGUUCAAUAUAUUUUGGCUUAACUUUCUUUACUUAUGUUUUUUAGCCAUCAGGGGGAAACAAGAGGCAAAGAAGGAUGACUAAACCUGACCUGCUAGGUACAUAAUCCAGUAAGACUUCAACACUACAUGAGGCCACUCAAUAGCAACGCUUGUCCGGUGCUAUGCUUGUUAAGUGCAUCUUAGAUUACAAGCCUGAUUAUGUAUUUUGAGAACAUUUAUUUUGUUAUCAUUUGAAACUUAUGCUUUUAGGAUGAAUGUAUUAUUUUACAUUAACUGAUGUCGUCAAUUAUCCUUUGAACACUUAUAUGUUGAAUGAUCAGUGUAAUGGGAAAGCAGUUUAUUUGCAAAUUAUGAAAGUGUAUUGUAUGAAAACCCAACUCUUUUAUUCAUUAACAAAAGGCGGUUACAUUACAAAGCAUACUUUAUACAAGUGACUACAACUUGGUCCUCUUGUCACACAUAUUGGUACCUACUUUAAAUUGAACAGAAGGAAAGCAAAGAAAAUCCAAGAAAACAGAAGUGCCAUGAAAAUUUGUUCUCAUUCCUUGAGCACUUCAACAGUUCUAUCAUAAUUUGGCCAAGUUUAGUCUUUAGUUCUUGAAGAUCUUCCUCAAAAUGUUCCUUAUUCACUUGUAAUUUCUUAAUCUUCUCUUCCAUCAUUUUUUUUCCAUGCUCCUAUUCAACAAUGGUUGUCUCUCUCAAGAAUCCUCUAAUGAACAUAUUCCCCAUCAUUAAUGUCUGAAAUCCACCUGAACAUUACACAUUGAGUAUCCUACAACACCAACAACAA